GAACUCCUCACUUUUCAAUUGAUUAUUCUGUGAUUUUAUGGAUUGAUAGAGCAUUUUUCAAAAACUUAGCUUUCAAGUAUGAGAAAAAAAUUCUAAUAUGGUGAAAUACAUGAUUGAUAUAUUUACUCAGAAAGCUGUAAAUAUAAAGAAUUAAGAAACAAAUUUUCGUGUUGAGCACAGUUUGCAAUGCAUUAAAGUUCUGCAAGUUGCAGAGCUUUCAGGCCCCUCCUCUCCCUCCUCUGUCAAGGUGACUACUCUGCCAAAAUCACUAGUCGAUAAUCUAACCUACAAGAAAUUGAGAGCCAAUUUCAAAUUUGUAGAAUAACAAAACCACAAAACAGUUUUCAUUUGCCUUUCUUAUCAUAUUUUCUCACAUUUUUAACCUUUUGAUGAGUGAACAAUAUUUUUGAGUUAUCUGUAAGAACUACAACUGCUAUGUAAACAGCGUGCAUUGAAUUAUCAGACCGAGAAUAUUUGAAUUGCUAAGUCUGAUUGCAAAAACAACACAGGAUGGGCCUCCGAUGAACUUUCUGACAGAAAUCGGACGUGUGCUACUGUCCAUUAUGCCAAUUGAUCAGUGCAUCCCACUUUUUUAUGCACCAUGACAAAGAAACUAAAUUGUCUUCAAAUUUGCAUUUCAAGAUUUAUUUUGCUCUUAACAUUUUCAAUUUUCAAGGGAUUUGAUCAGUAAGUCUUACUUUUUCCAUUAAGAUUAAGAAGGUACAAACCAUUCUUCUUACUUCUGCUGACUUCUAUGAAAAAGGAAGCUGAGAAGAAGAUUUAAAGAUAUUAUCCAGAAUGAACGAAUAUUAAAUACCCAUUCUGCCAGUUCUACUUCAAGAUUUUUUUUUUUUUGGCAAGUAAAACCUUAUUGCUCAGUUUUUUAAUUACAACUAUGAAGGCGAUAAACAAAGACUUAGAUAUAGAGAGGAGAGAUCAAGCAUUUAAUGCUUUCUUGUGCCAUAUCUGCAAGAGCAAAGCAUCUUUCUGUCAAUCGAAAGUGUGUUCAGGAUGUAAACUUAUUAGUUACUGCGGCAUUGAUCAUCAAAAAUUUCACUGGAAGAGUCACAAAAGCUUCUGCUUAACUGCUCAAAAAAUAUGCCGUGAGUUAAAAUUAGACAAUGUGUUUGCAUUGCCCUUUUGCUCUAAUAGCCUAACUUCUGAUUCACUGUGGUGUCAAAAACGAUGGAAUUUGAAAACUAUUUUUGAGCAACAUUUGAAACGAUGUUUAAGUUUGUAUGAAGUGAACAUGUUGUUCUUUCCCAGAGUUUGCAAAGUUUGUUAUUCAACAAAAAUCUUAAAAGAUUUAACAUGCUUGAAAUGUUAUAGUGUCUCAUAUUGCUCAGGUGAACAUCAAAUCGUAGAUGAUCAUGAAAAAAUUUGCUCAGAUUUUCAAAAAGUUCUAGAUUGUGAUUUGUUCAUGCAAAAUGUAGAUUUACUUUCCUUGGAAUCUUACUUGAUUGAACCCAACACUAAAUUUGAUGCACACGAUACCAAAAGUUUUCUAACCAAUCAUAUCCAUUCUAGACUAGAUGCUGGAUUGGAAAGUUUAGUAAGUCAGUAUUACUCUGGUGUUUUAACUGUAUUUCACAUCAUCAGCGAGAUGCCAAACUUUACAGUUGGGAAAAGAUUAAUCAUCCACCUUGUAGGUGCUAGUUCAUCGUAUGAAUGUCAAUUCAUGAAGUAUUGGGAAACUUUGUUACACUUACUUCCUGAGCUCCAUUCUGUGUUGCUAAUUCACAUAGGACCAGAACUAGAAGACUCUCCGUCUAUAUUGAGACCGUGUGAUACUUGUUGGAAUGCUAACAAAUCAAUCCAAGUUCGUUUUCACUCGGAAUUUUAUCAUCAAUAUUGUGAUUCUUUCCAUGCGAGCAUACCUAAUAUGAUUGUCAGCUUCAACUGCGGUUUACAUGAAGAUGAGGGUACGGAUACUGAUAUGUGGAAACAAAGUCUACCCUAUUUCCUAAAACAUGUAAAUGUUCCAAUUAUGUUAACUGCUUACACCAAGGAAGAGGCAAAGCAUGAUCUCAACAGACUUAUAAACGAAAGUAUAGAACAUAAUAUCAGGGUAAAAGUCAUCAAAGAAUUUGAGAAAAAUCCGUAUAGUUGUGUUAGGCCAAUCAGGGAUUGGGAGAGUCCAGGAGAUUCUGUUUUUUAUUCAAAUCAUUAUGUCUCUGCUUUGGCUGUUGAAAGGGAUGAUAAACUUCUCCCUUAACUCUUUGAUUCUCGAUUUUCAUCUCGGCUACUAUUUAAAAAAUGUUACAAAUCAGUAACAGCAUUUUACUUGAAUUUUUUGUCCCCCCUCGCACAGAUGUAAAUGAAAGUGUCAUUAAAGGAAAAAUUGUUCUUUUAUCAUAUGAAAACAUCCUUUUUUGUGUGUGUGUUUCUGGUGUACUAAUUUCAAGAGAUGGGAUCAGAUUAUCUUUUUAAAAUAAUAUUGGAAACGAUCAUCAUAACCCAAGAUUUUUUAACAAGACUGAGAUAAAAAUAAAGGCCUGAAUGUUUAGGUUGAAUUAUUGACGGUGGAACUCCCAAUUGAAGAACGUAUCUCGUUUGUGGUGCUUUAAAAUCUUUGCUCCUACUCUAUUUUUCAAAAGUAGACAAAUCAACGUCAUUCCCUCAAGUUUUCAUAAAAUGUUCCUUGCACAUAAAAGGAAAUUCAUAGCAGUUAUUAAGAAUUGUCCACUAGGUUUCCAUUUAAAUAUAAAGUAUGAUAGGAAAUCUGCAAUGUCGCAAACUGAGAUACAUACGUUGUUUGUGAGUAUCACUGUCGGUAUGUUGGUUUUUAGUUACACUUCUAAGAGUCUACAUUGAUGACAACUCAAAAUGCUGAUUUUAAAUUCUUAAUAAUUUCUGGGCUUUCAAUAUUGCUACAGAAAAAAGAGAAUCCAUUUUCUGUAGAGGAAAAGAGUAGAAUUAAGGGGGAGUGAGAACAGAAAGAAACUAGAAUCUUCCUGGACUCUGUCUUUUAGUCGACCAUUUUCAAGUGAUAGUUCACCGUGAGGGGUCUUAUUAAAUGAUCACUUAUUUAAUUCGGUGACAAAUUUGUAGUUUUUUUUUAUUAGUUUCCAUAAAAAGCCAUAUUGUUAUGCCUGAUCUCACAUUGUUGUAAAGUCCUGAAGUACAAAAUUUUGCAUCUGUUAAUAAUUUACAAAUGUUUGUAUCAGUUUUUGCUAAUUGUGAUUAUUCUUCGAUAUUUCUGAGGAAAAGUUUCUUUUGUUAUUUUUGCAAAAUUGUUACUUGAAAUACACCUUUUUUAUGUUUUGUAA